ACAUUAUAUUUCUAAGAUAAAUACAAUUUGUUGUAUCUUCGAAGUUUUGCUUGUAACAAUGAGAAACUUUGGCAUCGUUUGCGCCACUCUGGCCGUAGUGUUUACUACAGGAAACGGCAUUAAAUGUUACAGCUGCUUUGACUGCGACACCGUGAACGGCAGUACCCCAACCACAACUUGUGCUGAACCUCCUCAAACUGCCCCCAGUAAUGCGAAGGGUGCUUGCUUCAAAGGAACGGGAAAAGUGAACGGCGUUCAAACUAUAGCUCGAGGGUGUGGUUGGUCUACAGCUGAAUUCUGUCAGCAAGAAACUCAUGUCUUGUUGAGCGGAGAAUAUUGUUAUUGCAACAAAGAUCUCUGCAACGAAGCUUCUAUCGUGAAAUUGAACGUCGUUCUGAUGAUAUUUCUGGCGGGAAUUCUUGCAAAAAUCUACGCUUGAAAGCAACAAACUGUCAACCAACUUAUUAAUUUUUCUAUUAAUUCAGUUUUAUGAUAAUUUUUUACCCGGUCUUACGUUAUCGCUGUCACACAUGAAAACUUUUCACGCAUGAUUAUGCACAUUAUGUUUACGUUUUGAUAUAUUGAUAAUUUCUCACAUUGCCUGUAUUUUGAACCUGUAUUUGUACGCACAUGAUGGCUGUGUUUGAUAACAAGUAAGAAAUGCUCAAAUUUUUGAACACGAAAACCAAAUGACCGAAAUUGGAUGCCUGGAAAUUUCUUCUAAUUGUUGAGGUCAGUGGUUCUCAAACUUUCAAAGUUGCGCCCCUUUUUAAAAUCUGUCAACUCGAGCCUCGGGCCACCUCAAAAACAACUAGCUAACAAUAAGCUACAAAUAACAGAUAGUAAGACGAAAGUGAAAAACACGUUGAAAAUACGUGGAUGGAACGUAAAUAUCCAAAAUAAAAUAAAAAACAAAAUAUCCAAAAUUAGGAGGGCACCACCAAACAAAUAAUAUUUUUCUGUUUAAUUAGCUUCGCGUCCCCUCAAAAAGUUAUCUAAACCGUAGCCCCUCCUCAUCUAGUGGGGCGCGCCCCAUCGUUUGAGAACCACUGGUUUAGGUAAUUGUACCGAGUGUUAAAAUCCACAAAAUUUGGAAUACAAUAUCGGUAUUUUUCGAGA